AUGCACUCCGCUUCCAGUAUGCUGGGAGUCGUGAAAAUGGAAGGACACGAGCACACGGAGUGGAGCAACUACUACGGCGAGCCGGAGGGCUACUCCAUGAACGCGGGGCUGGGCAUGAGCAGCUACAUGAGCAUGCCUGCCAUGGGCACGGCGGGCAACAUGACGACCGUGGGCUCCGGCGGCGCCAUGGGCAUGUCCUACGCGGCGGGCCCGGCGGGCAUGAGCCUCUCGCCCGGCGCGGGAGCCAUGGCCGGCAUGGCGGCCCACCUGAGCCCCAGCCUCAGCCCGCUGGGCGCCCAGGCCGGCUCCAUGGGGGGCGCGCUGAGUGCCUAUUCGGCCCUGAGCCCGGUGGGCGGCGGCGGCGGCGGCGCCUACGGGCAGGCGGCGGCGGGGCUGGGCCGCUCGCGGGACGCCAAGAGCUACCGGCGGAGUUACACGCACGCCAAGCCGCCCUACUCGUACAUCUCGCUGAUCACCAUGGCCAUCCAGCAGUCGCCCAACAAGAUGCUGACGCUGAGCGAGAUCUACCAGUGGAUCAUGGACCUCUUCCCCUUCUACCGGCAGAACCAGCAGCGCUGGCAGAACUCCAUCCGCCACUCGCUCUCCUUCAACGACUGCUUCCUCAAGGUGCCGCGCUCGCCCGACAAGCCCGGCAAGGGCUCCUUCUGGACGCUGCAUCCCGACUCGGGCAACAUGUUCGAGAACGGCUGCUACCUGCGGCGCCAGAAGCGCUUCAAGUGCGACAAGCCGCCGGGCUCCAAGCAGCAGCAGCAGCAGCAACAGCAGCCGGGCUCCUCGCCCGCCGCUUCGUCGGGCGGCUCCUCGGCGCAGAGCAAGAAGGCGCCCGCGCAGCAGCCGCCGCAGCAGCAGGAGCGCGAGGUGGCCAACGGGGUCGCCCCAGAGUCGCCGCCGCCGCCGCCGCACUCGCGCGCCUCGCCCUGCCACGAACACAAGCGCGCCCUGGUCGACCUGAAGGGCCACCCCGAGCCCGCCCCGUCGCCGGCCCAGCAGCAGCAGCACUUGCUGGCUCAGCACCACGCUCACGCGGCGGGCCUCUCCCACGAGGCGCACCUCAAAGCCGAGCACCACUACGCCUUCAACCACCCCUUCUCCAUCACCAACCUGAUGUCGUCCACGGAGCAGCAGCAGCAGCAGCAGCAGCACCCCCAUCACCCCCAUCAGCACCACCCCCACCAGCACCACCCCCACCAGCACCACCCCCACCACAAAAUGGACCUCAAGGCCUACGAGCAGGUGAUGCACUACACCGGCUACGGCUCCCCCGUGCCCGGCAGCCUUGCCAUGGGCUCAGUGACGAACAAAAGCGCCCUCGAGGCCUCCCCCCUGGCCGGAGACACCUCCUAUUACCAAGGCGUGUAUUCGCGGCCCAUCAUGAACUCCUCCUAA